AUGCAGGGAUUCCUCCUCUGCUGGCUGCUGGCCCUGGCCUCAUGUGAAACUCUAAGUUACGAGCCACAUCUGGACCCAGCCAAACGCUAUGAGUACAGAUAUGAAGGAAUGAUGAAUUUUGGGCUGGGACUGCCCAACCUGGCGGAGUCUGGCAUCAGAAUAGCGUGCAAGGUCCAGAUCACUGGCAUCUCAGAUAAGAGAUACAUGCUUCAGGUAGGAAAUCUGGCCUAUGCGGAGUUUAACGGUUUCCGUGGAGAGGAUUCAUUUGUGGCCUCACCAAAGCUCAGCAAGCGCAUCGCCGACCACCUCGCGAAACCUUUCGCCUUUGAGUUUGCAGGCGGACAUGUUGGGGACAUCUUUGCUCCUGCUGAAACCCCGAACACCAUCGUCAACAUCGUGAGGGGCAUCCUGGGAUUCUUCCAAGUCAGCAUCAAGACCACCCAGACAGUGUAUGAGCUUGAGGAGACUGGCAUCUAUGGAUUGUGCCAAAGCAGCUAUGCUGUGGAGGAGAACGCCGAAACCAGAGACCUGAUCGUCACUCAGAUUGUGGAUUUCAGCAACUGCCGGGAGAAAGCGGCCAUGUACAGAGGAAUGGUGACCGCUGUCACAGACAGUCUAUCUAAACAGCGAGGUGAGUCACUGCUCACGACCGUGAAGUAUGUGUACACGGUAAAACCGACAGCGGCAGGAGGGCAGAUCACCAAGGCACACGCCACAGAGCAACAGCACUUCAGCCCCUUCAAUGUGAAGGGGGGCAACUUCAAGAUGCAAGCCACGAAGGACUUGGUGCUGCUCAGCGUGACUGACAUCAAUGGAGUCCCCUCUGUCGGUCCUUUGGAGAACAAGGGCAGCUUGGUCUACAAGUUUGCCAGUGAGGAGGCCAUUAUCCCCAUUGUGAUGGAAAACCUGCAGGACCCUGUGCCCAAGAUUAUUGAACUCAUCAAGCGUUUGGCCGAAGCGAAUAUCUACCGGCUUGACAGCGCAACAACGGAGGACUUGAUGAAAGUGUACCAGCUGCUCCGUGCCACCCCAUUUGAAGGCCUGGAGGAGAUGUGGAAGCAGUUUGCAGGAAACCCAGAACACAGACGAUGGUUUUUGAACACGAUCGUCGAAAUAAACGAUGCCAGAAUCCUCAAGUUUCUGGAACUGAGGUUCAAAGCUGAGGACGUGUCUUCCUCUGAAGCUCUUCAAACACUUCUGUUGUCGUUCGAACAUCUCUCGCCCAUUCCUGAGCUGGUGGAGAUGGCUAAAGAGUUCCUGACCAUGCCCUUUUGUAAAUCCCAUAUAUAUCUCUGGCACACAGUGGUGCUUUCCUAUGGCUCUCUGGUGUAUAAACACUGUGCUUAUAACACACCGUGUCCGGUAUCUGCAGUUCAGCCUCUGCUGGACAUGGCCGUGGAUGCCCUGAGGAGGCGCAGCGACGAAGACAUGGUCAUCGCCCUGAAAGCCUUGGGGAACGCAGGUCACCCCGCCAGCAUUAAAACCAUCAUGCGUUUCCUCCCCGGAGUGGCUGCCAUGCCCGUGGAGCUCCCUGCCCACGUGCUGAGUGCCGCUGUGCAAUCCUUGCGGCUCCUUGCUGCCAGAGACCCUCACAGUGUCCGGGACAUCACCAUGAACCUGUUCAUGCAGAAGGAACUCCCCACUGAAAUCCGCAUACUGGCCUUUAUGAUCCUGUUUGAGUCCAAACCUCCGAUGGUUGUGGUUUCCACUGUGGCCGCUCACCUACUGGAGGAGAAAGACCUCCAGGUCGCCAGUUUUGCCUAUUCUUACAUAAGAAGCUUUGCCAGAUCCAGCACUCCAGACAACCACUUCCUCUCAACAGCGUGCAAUGUAGCAGUAAAAAUCCUGGCUCCUAAAUUUGGUCGCCUCAGCCUUCACUACAGCAAAGAAUUGCAUUUGGACUGGUUCAACGAUGACUUCCUAAUUGGUUCGGACUUAGAAGCCUUCAUGCUGAGAAGUGCAACAAGCAUGUUCCCUUCAGAGAUAACAAUGAAAGGGAAAUUCUACUUCAUUGGUAGAGUUCUGCAGCUGGUGGAGUUAGGCAUCCGUGCUGAAGGAAUUAAGGAACUGUUCAGGUCUAGUAUUCCAGGAUACAAAGGAGAUCUAAGUUUCAGUGACUUCAUGGCUGUUUUAAGUAAGCUCCAAGACUGGGAGACAUUGCCCAAUGACAGGCCUGUCCUGUCUUUCUACUCACGUGCCUCUGGACAAGAGUGGUUCUUUGCUGACCUGAACAAAGACGUCAUUCAGAGCGUCAUUAAGGCUGUCAGUCCUUUUGCCGGUAAAGAAAGCCCUGUCUGGUCGAUGAUUGAAAAUCUCCAGAGCGGUAUUUCGUGGCACAAGACCAAGGCUUUUCUCAUUUUUGAGACCCGCUAUUUCCAAGCCACCACCCUGGGUCUGCCACUGGAGAUCAGCAAGUAUUACCCAACUCUCAAUGGCAUCACAGUUAAUGCCAAGGCAGGAUUAAAGCCACCUCUAGCCCAACAUCUUGGGGAACUUCUGGGUUCUGAAAUCUCCCUGGAGACUGAUGGUUUUGUUGGUUGCGUCAAAGAUUUUUGGGUCUUCCACGGCAUCAACACAGACCUGUUCCAGUGUGGCAACGAGCUGAAAAGUAAAAUCAUCACAGAAAUCCCGUGGAAGUUUUCGGCAAAGGUGAACAUCCGAGAGAAGAAGUUUGAGGUGGACUUCCCUACUUUCAGUAAAGCGUUUGAAGUCAUCUUAGUCAACUCCAAUGUUUAUUCAGUGUCCAGGAAUAUUGAGGUGCCAGAUAAGGGCAAGAUGACUCCGAUGAUGCCCAACGCCAUGGACGCCAAUAACGAGGUUGUUCGAAUGGGCCCAACUGUUGUGAAAUCUGAGGAAUUCCAGGGCGUAAUGCCAAACAUUUGGCACCCGGCCACCAAGCUUUGUGCUGAGAGCAACACUUAUGGUGUUGGUCUCUGUUUGGAUUCUGAGUUGAAGAGAAUGUAUUACCUCGAUGAAUAUCCGCUCUACUACUUCCUGGGUUACACCCACAUGGCAUGCACAAUCGUCCCAGUCCCCACAGUCAAACCAGUUGACAAAAUCCACUUUGAGUUCAGCACUGGACCAAGCAGACAUCCAGCAAGUGUUCUCCAACUGAUUCAGACACUGAGGAACCUUUCCAAGGAAGCCACCAGCCAGUCCUCCGACUCGAACUCCAGCAGUGCCAGAAGGGCCCAUCACAGCCACCGUGACACCUCCAUAACGGAGGACCAGGACUCCACACCAGAAGUUGUGUUCAGUAUGGAAGCUCUGGCCAUCAGCGGCAACUUGAAACCCGGAGGUUAUGAUGCCACUGUGUACUACACUCCCGAGAUGAACAUGGCGAAUGUCCAGCUGAUCGUGUCCCAGGUCGCAGAAGAUGCCAACUGGAAGAUGUGCAUGGAUGCCACUGUUGAUAAGGUCCACACUGAGGCCAAGGCCCACAUGAGGUGGGGGGCCGAAUGUCAGCCCUAUGAGAUGUCCUUCAAGGCUUCCACCAGACACCCGCCUGGCUCCAAACCAACCCUGAAGGCCAAAGUGCAGUGGACCAAGAUCCCAGAAUACAUGGCAGAUAUAGGCAGAAGAUUGGAGCGCUACAUCCCAGGCAUGGCGUUCUUCCUCAGGUUUUACCAGCGACAUGACGGGAACCCCAAGCAGGAGGUCUCUACCGCUGUCGUGGCUGCCUCUGCAGACAGCAUUGAUAUGAAAAUCAAAUUCCCAGAGUAUACGGUGUACCGCCAAGGUAUUCCUGUUCCAGUCCCAAUCCCCUGUUACGAGGACGUUGAGCCGUAUGAGAGAAACACAACACUACACACCAACGCUCAUGCAUAAAGCCAGAAUAUUUAUCUUGUGUUUCAGAAAGACAACAUAAGCCAGAUGGGAGCAAGGUGUACCGUUUCCGUGACAAUAACACAGCGACUGAAGCCUCCCUGCGGCGUCGACCACAGAGAUAAGCAUCAAAGAUGUAUCAGUAAUCUGUGGGGUAGCCGCGGUUUGGAAAUAAUCUGUAAACGUCCUGAUUUAUUUCUUUGUUAGCUUGUAAAUAUUUCAACACACCCUCCUUUUGGAGAAGUAUAUUCCAGAUUCAUUUUCGUGUCCCAAAAUACUGUAUUUAAAUAGUCCUGCAUCUUCCAGCAAAAAUGUUUUUUUUUUGGCAAGUUUUGCUUCGUCACCUUGAAGCGAACGUCAUCAGGAUCCAUUUCGUGCUCAUCCAUAACUUUUGUGAAAUGCCACAGAUGCCAGGAUUAAAAUGCA